AAUCAUAAACAAAACAAGAACCAUUUGGCAAUAAGUAUAAUAAUUAUCUUAAAUAAAUCAACGAUCCAUCUUUGAUUAGAAGUCCCGUGGGAAGUGCACAUUAAAUGUACUCUUCAGAUGUUAUUCCUCUGGUCAAAGGAACCUGCGGCGGAUCCUAGGGCAAGUCCAUGGUUUGCCUGGUUGGCUACCGCUGUUAUACUAUGGCGUUGCAGAAGACGAAUUACCAAAGCCAUUUUAGCGGUGUCACCGUUUAGGCUAUUAAAAAGACGUACGGCAGUUGCUUUAUUGAAAGAAAAAUCAUCUUCGGUGACGAUGAAACCUAAAGGAACGACUACGACGAUGACAACAACUGCAGCUACGAUGACUAUGGCAACACCAACUAUGAAGACUCGGGUUAAACAACAACAAUAUGGUCUUUUACGAAAUCAUCAUUUUCAUCAACAAUUUCAACAACAACAACAACAACAACUGAAAGAAGACAAGUGUUGCAAGGGUACUUCAACUGGAAUUAAAACUCGUGUUAAACGAUUAUGCACCGGUGACGGUCCUCAUAUUUUUUCGUCAUCGUCAUCAGUCAUAACGAAUAAUAAUCAUCAUCAUCAGGUCAAUUACAGAGUUACCAGAAGUGGCAGAAUAUAUGGGAAAUAUCAUAAUAGAAUCUUACCGACGGAAACAAUUUGUUUAACAUAAUUUUGACAAUGGUUUACAUAAACGUGUACAUAUCAAAAAUAUUAUCGUAUCUUUAGUCCCUUUUAAAACAUUUUUUUUUAUUAUUAAACUAAUUAGAAUCCUUCUAAAAAACCUGUUUAUAGAAAUAUGGGGUCAUCUUUUGACGAUUCGUUCUCCUUGUGUCCUCGACACGUUUUCAAACUACGAUCGUUUGGCAGAGACCUUCAACGAGGUCGUGUCAUGGUACUUUUCGUAGACAAUUUUUAGAUCAAAUGCCAACUAUAGUCUAUGCUUGGCUAUCCAACCUUUUUUUGGAGACUUGGCUGGCGUCUUGGUAUAACCUCCUUUUUUUUUUUCAACAGAGUGCAGAUCGAUACAAACCUUCCAAUGCGUUGAGGUCUAGGGCAUGAACUGUGUUUCGUACGAUAAUAUUUACGAAAUUUUUAUUAUUU